AUGGCUGCCGCCCGGGCGGGAUCUGUGGAGCUGGCCUUUGCUGAGUCGGCGCCGGCUUGGCUGCCGCGCAGCGAGCAGUUCCCCAGCAGGGGGGUGUAUGAGCCCCCGGCAGGCCACGCCUACUCCUUCCACUGCGGCAUCUUCCGCUUCUGCUGCCGCAAGCCGCCGUGCUAUGCCAGCCUACGAGUUUCUAGGAAUCAGCUACCCAGGAAAAAUGAUUUUUAUUCAUAUGAGCCACCUUCUGAGAAUCCUCCCCCAGAAACAGGAGAAUCGGUGUAUCUCCAACUUAAGUCUGGUGCUCAUCUCUGCAGGUUUUGUGGCUGUUUAGGCCCCAAAACUUGCUCUAAAUGCCACAAAGCGUAUUACUGCGGCAAGGCGCAUCAGACCCUAGACCGGAGAUUGGGACAUAAGCAGGCUUAUGCACAACCAGAUCAUCUGAACUUUACAACUCCAGACCACAACUUCCUUUUUCCAGAAUUUGAAAUUGUAAUAGAAACAGAAGAUGAGAUUAUGCCUGAGGUUGUGGAAAAGGGAGAUUAUUCAGAGAUUAUAGGGAGCGUGGUUAAGCAGGUCCAGGACUUCAUUCAUUAAGUGGUUCAACUUCAUGCUGGGAAGAAAGGUCUCCAUGUGUCUAGAAGAGAGGUACUGAGAGGAAGACUCACUUUGGAGGCUGGAGCCUACAAUUUUCAGAUAUUGCCUCAGGCAAAACUAUACUUCCUGGACUUUGUUUGCUAACAUAUAUCAUGUGUGUUCUGCUCCCUAUAAAGACAAGGGGGUGGGGUAUCCAAGUGGUCCCACGAAUAGGGCUACACAAGAUGCUGGAGGCUUGGUAAGUUCCUCUGGGUCCCAGAUCAGUUUCUCAGGUCGGGAUAGUGUGAGUGCCUAGCACCGUGUCAGGCAGAAGGGCCCCUUAGUAGUGUCUCUUUCAUCUGGCCAGUUUUAGAUACACAAUUUUGUCAGUUUCUCUACAGUGCGUACUCUUGGGUAGUGCCUGUGCUGACCAAGUAUCUUAGAGGCUUAUUUUAUUACAGUAGCCAACAUUUAUCCAGCACUUACCUUAUAUAAAG